UCCUACCAUAGCGCUUGGCGUCACCUGCUCUCCCGGCCCUGCCCCUGCCCGGGGCCGAGGGAUUGCGUCCCGAACCAGGCUCGGGAAUCGGCUGUCUCUCAAAUGAACCUCUAGUCUUGCUUUGAAAAAGCCAUUUUGUGUAACUCUUGACUGCAUAAUUUCCUAAUACACCUGUUGGGAGGAUCACUGACACAGUAUGCCAUUUGAGAGGUACUUUUUCUUGACCAGAUACUGGUGAUUAGAGAAGAGAGGUGUUUUGUGGGGUUUUUUUGUUUUUUUUUCCUGAUCAUUAUGAACACUGGCUUUUCACCCCUGAAGUAAAAAUGUUGAAAACCGAGUCUUCAGGUGAACGUACCACUCUCAGAAGUGCCUCUCCUCACAGGAAUGCAUAUAGAACUGAGUUCCAGGCACUGAAAAGUACCUUUGACAAACCCAAGUCAGAUGGGGAACAAAAAACAAAAGAAGGUGAGGGAUCCCAGCAGAGCAGGGGAAGGAAAUAUGGCUCCAAUGUCAACAGAAUUAAAAAUCUAUUUAUGCAGAUGGGUAUGGAACCCAGUGAGAAUGCUGCAGUCAUUGCCAAAACAAGGGGGAAAGGUGGAUCUUCAUCCCCUCAGAGGCGAAUGAAGCCCAAAGAAUUUCUGGAAAAAACAGAUGGCUCAGUUGUUAAGUUGGAGUCCUCUGUUUCAGAACGAAUUAGUAGAUUUGACACAAUGUACGAUGGCCCUUCAUAUUCUAAGUUCACAGAAACUCGCAAGAUGUUUGAGAGAAGUGUGCAUGAAUCAGGACAGAACAACCGCUAUUCCCCAAAGAAGGAGAAAACUGGAGGGAGUGAACCUCAGGAUGAAUGGGGUGGUUCUAAGUCCAACAGAGGCAGUACUGAUUCCUUGGACAGCCUUAGCUCCCGGACGGAGGCUGUCUCCCCAACUGUGAGUCAACUGAGUGCAGUAUUGGAGAACACCGAUUCCCCCAGUGCCAUCAUUUCUGAGAAGGCUGAGAACAGUGCAUACUCAGUGACGGGGCAUUAUCCCCUGAAUUUACCAUCGGUUACUGUUACAAAUCUUGACACCUUCGGGCACCUUAAGGAUUCUAAUUCUUGGUCACCUCCAAGCAAACACAGUGACGAUGCAGAGGAUGCUCAGAAGAGUAAUACAACUCCAGUACUAGAAGUGGCUUCGAAAAGUACCUCUCUAGCUUCAGUGCCCAGUGAAGAGGCACAGCAGAGCAAGGAAGCCGAGGACUCCACAUCUAACCAAGAGACUCCUGACAGAAUUGACAGAGACAUUCCUGAAGGACCUUGUGCUGAAAACAAGGCAGUUACAGAGCCUGAAAUCCCUUCACCACAAAACGAACCUUCAGAAGACGCAGAAGCUCAUUUGGUUGGGAGUGAGGCAGCAAUGCAACAGAAGAAAGAACUUGCAGGUGGUGAUUUUACCUCUGCUGAUGCAUCUAGAUUCAGAUGUGGAAAGGAAGUAUUCGAAGAUUCAAAUAAUUUUGGGAGCUCCCAUGUUUACAUGCACAGUGACUAUAAUAUAUAUAGGGUGAGAUCCAGGUAUAAUUCAGACUGGGGAGAAACAGGCACUGAACAGGAUGAGCAGGAAGAUAGUGAUGAAAACAAUUACUAUCAACCUGAUAUGGAAUACUCAGAAAUCGUUGGAUUGCCAGAAGAAGAAGACAUCCCGGCAAAUAGGAAAAUUAAGUUUAGUAGUGCUCCAAUUAAGGUCUUCAGCACAUACUCCAAUGAAGACUAUGACAGGAGAAACGAUGAAGUUGACCCUGUGGCUGCUUCAGCUGAGUAUGAACUUGAAAAACGUGUAGAAAAGCUGGAACUUUUCCCAGUGGAACUAGAGAAAGAUGAGGAUGGACUUGGUAUAAGUAUUAUUGGAAUGGGUGUUGGAGCAGAUGCUGGACUUGAAAAGCUGGGAAUAUUUGUCAAGACAGUGACAGAAGGUGGUGCUGCUCAGCGAGAUGGCAGAAUACAAGUCAAUGACCAGAUUGUGGAAGUGGAUGGAAUCAGCUUGGUGGGUGUCACACAGAAUUUUGCUGCAACAGUUCUCAGAAACACCAAGGGCAAUGUCAGAUUUGUUAUUGGGCGAGAAAAACCAGGACAAGUGAGUGAGGUUGCCCAGUUGAUAAGCCAAACGCUGGAACAAGAAAGGCGCCAGAGAGAGCUGCUUGAACAGCACUAUGCCCAGUAUGAUGCCGACGAUGAUGAGAACACUGUGGCUGAAUUGCAAGGAGUGUCUGGCAACUGCAAUAACAAUAACAACUAUUUCCUUAAGACAGGAGAAUAUGCCACAGAUGAAGAGGAGGAUGAGGUAGGACCUGUUCUUCCUGGCAGUGACAUCGCCAUUGAAGUCUUCGAGCUGCCUGAGAAUGAGGACAUGUUUUCCCCAUCAGACCUGGACACAAGCAAGCUCAGUCACAAGUUCAAAGAGUUGCAAAUCAAACAUGCAGUUACAGAAGCAGAGAUUCAAAAAUUGAAGACCAAGCUACAAGCAGCAGAAAAUGAGAAAGUGAGGUGGGAACUAGAAAAAACCCAACUCCAGCAGAAUAUAGAAGAGAAUAAAGAAAGAAUGUUGAAGUUGGAGAGCUACUGGAUUGAGGCUCAAACGUUAUGCCACACGGUGAACGAGCACCUCAAAGAGACUCAAAGCCAGUAUCAAGCCUUGGAAAAGAAGUACAACAAGGCAAAGAAACUGAUCAAGGAUUUUCAACAAAAAGAACUUGAUUUCAUCAAAAGACAGGAAGCAGAAAGAAAGAAAAUAGAAGAUUUGGAAAAAGCUCAUCUUGUGGAAGUUCAAGGCCUGCAAGUACGGAUUAGAGAUUUGGAAGCUGAGGUGUUCCGGCUACUGAAGCAAAAUGGGACUCAAGUUAACAAUAACAACAACAUCUUUGAGAGAAGAACAUCUCUUAGUGAGGUCUCUAAAGGAGAUACCUUGGAGAACUUGGAUGUCAAGCAGACACCUUGUCAAGAUGGCCUAAGUCAAGACUUUAAUGAAGCAGUCCCAGAGACAGAACGCCUGGAUUCAAAAGCACUGAAAACCCGGGCCCAGCUUUCCGUGAAGAACAGACGCCAGAGGCCCUCUAGGACAAGACUCUAUGAUAGUGUCAGUUCAACAGAUGGCGAGGACAGUCUGGAGCGAAAGCCUUCAAACAGUUUCUAUAACCACAUGCACAUUACCAAAUCACUUCUGCCCAAGGGUUUGAGAACUUCUCCAGAAUCAGAUUCUGGUGCUUCAUCCCUCACUCCAGUGGCUGGCAGUGUGCCCUUCUCGUCUGACCACAUAGCUGAAUUUCAAGAGGGACCCCUGCACCCAGAAAGGGAGCCUUCCUCCUCUACUGGGGGAGACACGUCAUUCUCCUCUCCUUCAAAAUCUGAUCAUGAUAUGGAAGAAUCUCCUUGCCACCAUCAAGCCACCACCAAGAAAAUACUACAAGAAAAAGAUGGUGCCAAAGGUCCCAGAUCACUGAGGGCAUCAAGUUUGUUGGUGGUGCGAGGAGGAAAAAUUAAGCGGAAGUUUGUGGAUCUGGGGGCGCCUUUGCGAAGGAAUUCCAACAAGGGAAAGAAAUGGAAAGAAAAAGAGAAAGAAGCCAGUAGGUUUUCUCCAGGUAGCAGGAUCUUCAGCGGCAGGCUGGAACACUGGAAACCGAAGCUGUCCUCCACUGCUCAGGCCUCCACGCCAUCAGCGGGCCUGCCUUUCUCGUGGUUUAACGAAAGCCGGAAAGGAUCCUAUUCCUUCAGGAACCUGCCUGCAUCUGCAAGUCCCCUUCAGCCUUCUCCUGAAACUCUAAUUUCAGAUAAAAAGGGGUCUAAGAAUUUUACCUUCAGUGAUGACUUCAGCCCCAGCAGUACCAGUUCAGCAGACCUGAGCGGCCUGGGAGCAGAACCCAAAACACCUGGGCUCUCUCAGUCCUUGGUGCUCUCAUCAGAUGAGAUUCUUGAUGACGGACAGUCUCCCAAACACAGUCAGUGUCUGAAUCGGGCCGUUCAUGAAUGGAGCGUGCAGCAGGUUUCUCACUGGCUAAUGAGCCUAAAUCUGGAGCAGUAUGUCUCUGAAUUCAGUGCCCAAAACAUCACUGGAGAGCAACUCCUGCAGUUGGAUGGAAAUAAACUUAAGGCUCUUGGAAUGACAUCAUCCCAGGACCGAGCAGUGGUCAAAAAAAAACUCAAAGAAAUGAAAGUGUCUCUAGAGAAGGCUCGGAAGGCCCAAGAGAAAAUAGAAAAACAAAGAGAAAAGCUGAGGAGGAAGGAACAAGAGCAAAUGCAGAGGAAGUCUAAAAAGACAGAGAAGAUGGCAGCCGCCACAGAGGGUGCUGGUGAGCAGUGACACACACGGAGAAGUUUCCGCCUCUUCCUGCCCUGCUCUCCUCCGGAGGAUGAAGAAGAAACUGAUGACAGGGGUAAUGUGCUCUAGGCAGACUGGGGAACUGUGUGUUCAAUAACUGCAUUUUCUGCAUUAAUAGAGUACACUCACUCUUAACCUACUGAAAUAAUCCCAAGCCACCUUUGGUUUAGUAACAAACCAAGGAUCUCAUUUGUGAGAGGUGCGAAGUAGCAGUGUUUCUCUCUUCCUUGUGUUGGGUGGGUGGUGUCACUUGAAGAACCAGCGUGAUCCUGCUCAACAAGAGCAUGACACACCGUGGCGCUGUCCAUGGAAUGCCAUGCAUUUUCAAUAUGCGAUCCUGAAACUGAGCAACGGCACAUGUCUGCAUGGCCGAGAACACCGCUCUGCCAUGAGAUCUGGGCUGCAGAAUCUGUCCCGGUGAGUGGGAAAGGUUCCCCCUCAUUUCUGUGUCUGGACACUGAGACAACCCCGCUGUGGAAAUGUGGGUGCUCUUUGCCUACUGUGGCAAAAAGCAAGCAAACUGUGCUGCCUGCUGGGCAUUGGGAAGAGAGAAAAGAAUUACACUUAUUUGUUAACCCCAGAAGGAAGCAAAAGCCUUAAGAAUGCGGAUGUGGGCAUUACCUUGGGGUUCUGAGGGUAACAUUUAUCCUCCAGAUUUAGCCAAGCAAAGAAAAAUUCAGACAUGAGUGCAGCCAUGGGAUAUCGGGAUCUGCUGUUUACUUUGCUACUGCUGCAUGUUCAGUAUUUCAGCAGCACCGACACACACAACACAGUUCCUUUUCUCCCCAACCAAUUGAACAGAAAAUUGAUUUUUAAGGAAACCAACAUUUUCAGGUUUCCUCUCCUGGGGAACAUUCUGGCUGGUCUUCAGCCUGACUAUGACACAAUCAGGAACUCAUCACAUAUUUUCUACUCAAGAUUUCCCAAGUGGGCUCAGUUAGACUUCUAAGAAAUGUACUUUUAAGAAAAAUAGAAAUACCAGUUAGAGAAAAGUUAGAUUUGACUAACAUUCAACCAGAGAAGCAAUUUUAUUGAGCACACAGAAUGUUCCCAUAAAGAAGAGCUGUCAGUUAUAUUUUAGAGAUGUUUUGAAUGGUUUUUCUGAGCCAUUCUCUUUCAUUCUUUGGAGAUCUCCACUUUACAGUUAAAGUUUAUUUAAGACGGUACACAUGAUGCAGGCUGGCAGUGCAGGCAGUUAUACUAUUUUAAAGCCAGUAUUAAGGAUUUCAGUGUUUCAUCAAACUAAUGCAAGUGCAGGAGAGUGGGGCAGAAGGAGGAGAAAAUAAACUCAUCUUGAGAAGUUUCAAAUGAUGGAUUUUUUGUUGUCGUUGUUGUUGUUUUGCUUUUUAUGCUCAUGCAUCUGGUUCUCUUUGCUGCAUUGGCUGUAAAAAUGAGGUCAUCCACUUUCCAGAGGACGAGUUUCAAAAUAAGAGUUGAGGCCAGACCAAUCCUUGGACAAGUAUUUUACUUCCUUUACUUCGUUUUCUGGGGGCAGGGGGGGUGGUCUCGGUCCUUGUCUUCCACUGGAAAUGCUCUAUACGCAGAGCUUAGGGGAAGGCUUUUGAAGGUUACAAGUAACAGAUAAUGUAAAGGGGCUUCUUCCCAUAUAGCUCCAUCUCCUAUUUUGAAGCAUUGUGAUUUUUUUUUUUUUUU